AGGCUGCAGUCCAGACUACGCAGCGCUAUUGGCUGACACAGAAAAGUGGAUCCACUCAUUCAAGCUUUGAUCAAGGAACCAAUUACUCUGAGGCGAUUCUCCAACCGUCGGAGUAUGAGAGUAAGCAAUUAUAGAUAUACAGUAAAAUUGCUUUAUUGUGCAUGUGUAACAUAGAAAAACGUCGCUCGAAGUUGGUGAAAGUGAAAUAAAUGAACUAUGCACUGCGCCCGGAGGAAGAUGAAUGUUUCUACUCAGCUGUUUUUGCUGGCAUGUUAUACUCUGACUGUAGGCUUCACUUUGGCUUUGGGGCCAAAGCAGGACACGGAAUUUACAUUUCUAUUACCUGCUGGCAGCACAGAGUGUUUUUACCAAACCACAGUGAGGGACGACAGCAUGGAGGUGGAGUACCAGGUGAUAGCUGGCUCGGGUCUAGAUGUCGGUUUUGCCAUUAUUUCACCCAGCGGACACCGGCUGACCUCUGACUUCAGGAGAUCUGACGGUAUCCACAUGGUGGAUCCCACAGAGGACGGAGACUACCGGUUGUGUUUUGACAACAGCUUCAGUAAAAUGUCAGAGAAGAUGGUGUUCUUUAAAGUGAUUAUUAAUAGACGGAGUGGCACAGGAGGAGCCCGAGACGAGUGGGCAGAUGCAGCGGUGACAGAGAACAUGGUGGAGUACAGACUGGAGGAUGUCAGGGCCAUGAUGGACUUUGUGUACGAGCGCCUGGAGAGGACUCGUCAGGUACAGACCAUGCUGAAGGCCUUUGAGGCGAGGGAUCGCUACCUUUUGGAGGAUAACCUGUGGCGGGUAUCCUUCUGGUCGUGCGUCAACCUACUUGUCAUGCUCGCCGUCGCAGCCGCUCAGAUUUACACCCUGCAAAACCUCUUCCAUGACACCAAGCGGGUCUGCACAUAGUCAUCUCAGAACUUUCAUGACCUCCCAGAAGGAAGAGCAGAACCUACGUGCAAUAACACUUUCAUGUUUGACACUAAACCUUUAACUAAAACGUGUGAUAGUGAGUUGUACAGUUGAUAGUUCUCAUUUAGAAACUGAUUUAACAUGCAGUGUGAAGUUAUUCAUUGCUGCUAAAAUGUGCUUGCUUUGAUGUUUUGUGAAUACGUGAGUAAUAGAACUUCCAGUCAUGUUAACACCUGAAAGUAGCAUUUAGGCUACAGUACUGUAAAAGGUACACAUACACACACACACACACACACACACAUGUACAUGAAUCUGCUGAUAAUAAUUCAUUGGGGAAUGUAGAAAACCACAGCUGUUCAAACUGGAAUGUUGCUUUAUUUACUGUUGCUUUACAGAUACUAAAUUUAACAUUUACAUUCAUUACACAACUAUGUUUUAUUAAACCAAUUGCCCAAACAACCCAAAAUCUAAAUCAGACUUUAAUGCUGAACCGUGAUUAAAAAAAGAAAAGGAAAAAAAAAGACGUUUUCCCACAGUCAUUACAGCAGUCUCGCUUAUUGAUUUCUUCAUCUGGAAGUUGAAAAGGUAAAGUCACACAGAUGGGAAGUUGGUUUUGGUUGAAUCAUUCAUCUCGUCACCUUUAUGUGAAUGUGCUGCAGUCAUGGGUUUCAUACAAUUGCACUUAGCAGUAAAACCAUAAAUAACAAAGUAGGCUAUGGAUGAUUUAAAAUGCCUACAGAAUAACAAAUCAAGAAAGAUGAAGUGAAAUACAAAAGCUAAUACAUAUGAUGUGUAUUGAAAUUCACUUGAUUUGUUAUUUAGGCAGUUCAAAGCUUCCAUAGUUGGCAGAAGCCGUUGUAUUUCAAUCACUGCUACUAUGUUUACGUACUCACACUGAACUUCCUGAGCUGGCAUUAACCUAUUGUGUGGUAAAGCAUCCUCAGUGGUAACACUCCACCACCUAAAAGGUAUUUUCUGUCGUCACAGAACGGAAACACACCGCAACAAUAAAGCAAACAUCCUUAUUUUGAACAGUCUUUGUAAAUUGGCACUGGAUCCCCAAAAGUUACAUCAUAUGUUCAAUUACAAUUUUUGUUUAAAUUAAAACUAUUACAAAUUUUAGUAUUUAG